AUGGCAAAUGUCAAGAAUUUACUGACUAUCCUGUUCUCUUGGUAAUCUAAACAAAUUAAAACAUUGUAUGCAUUUGUGUUACUUUAAUAGAUUUUCGGUGCUUUUUGUGAUAAGAUGUUAGAAAUAAAAAAUAAGUAUGUGGGUUCAAUUGAAACGUUUUUAUUCACUCUGGAACCUGAUAAGAGAAAAUACAAUCCAACAUCAGGAAAUAGAGAUUUUAUGAUGUGUGCUCCAGACUAUUUAGCAUUUGGAAGUGGCAAGAAUGGACCUGCAUUUUAGAUUGAUUCAGAAUUAAAUAAAGGUUUCACUUAUCAAAGUGAUACUUAUGAUAAUCCAUUAUUUACAGACUAGAAAACUUAAAAUAAAUUCAAAUGCUUAUGCAUUGAAGUUUAUUAUCUAAAAUGA